UUUAACCCAUGAACCAAUUACAAAACAAACACACACAUCUAUCAUUGAAACUUCACAAACCAUGAAAUCAACAUUAUUUACCUUUUCUCUCCUCCUCUUUUCCUUUACCUACUUUCCAUUAGCUUUUACUGAAACUGUUGAAGACAUAAAUGGAAACCCCGUAUUUCCUGGUGGCAAAUACUAUAUUGCACCACUUAUAUCUAAAGGAGGAGGUGGUGGAUUGAAGCUUGGUAAGACAGGAGACUCAGAAUGUCCAGUUACUGUCCUACAAGAUUUUUCUGAGGUUGUUAGAGGCUUACCAGUUAGAUUUACCAUAAUAGUAAAACGUGGUGUCAUCUUUACAACUGAUGAAGUAGAUAUUGAGUUUGUUAAGAAACCAAAGUGUGCUGAAUCUGCCAAAUGGGUGCUUGCUCAUGAUGAUUUCCCUACAUCUUGGGUAGGUAUUGGUGAUAAUAUUGAUGCUUUUCAAGGUAAAUUUAAAAUUGAGACACUUGGUUCAGGAUCAGGAGCAUACAAGCUUGUGUAUUGUCCAUUGUUCAGUGCUCCACCUGGUGCAUGUAGUGAUAUUGGGAGGUAUAGAGAUGAGAAUGGAUGGCGUUUGGUCCCAACUGAAAAUGAUCCCUUUAGGGUUGUAUUUAUUGAUGCUACUGAAUCUGAAAAAGCUGUAGUUUGAAUCAAAUUUCCAAGCUAGGGUUACUGAAUAAUAUUUAUGUAAUAAAAAUAGCUCUAUUAGGGUUGUGCAUCUUACAGGCCCCCUUAUAAAGAGCUUGUGUAAAUAAGUCUUUUGUUCUUAAAGAUAUUUGAAUUUUGGUUAUGUUCAUUGAAUUUUAGGUUGA